AUGGUGAGUCUAAUUAAGCCGGAUAAGAUACCAAUGACACAUAAACUGAGUUAUUUAAUACUUCUAGUGCCUACGGUUAUAUCACUGUGCAUAAUAGUAUUACAGUAUAAUAAGCUCAUAGAACUAGAAAGUAUUAUUAAAGACAGGCUUACUGUAAUAGAAACAAUAAGAAUGAGUAAUAACACAGAAGUAAAUGAGAAUACGUCUAAUACGAAUGAAAUAGAAGAGAAUAGUAAUAAGAAAGACACUUCUGUGCCACACACAGAUACGGAGCAGGACAUACCCAUACAAGAACCAAUUAUUAAGCAUAUAAGUACUCCUAGUUCAGAAGAGAUUGUUAAUAAUCCAUUAUGUAAUAACAUUGUAAUAGAAACACCUGAUCAUACCACAUCAUUACCACCACCACCUCCACCAAUGCCCAUGGGCGGUAUACUCCCAAGUAAACUUUCUACUAAUCUGAGUGAUAAUACAAGUAAAAGCAGUAAUACAGAAGAUACAUCAAAGACAAGUACUGUAAAGAGUGAUCUUAUGGGAGAACUUGAAGGCAGGUUAGUGGGAGUACGCCAUAAAAUAGAUAAAGCAUUAUCUUAA